AUGGCCAAUGCCUCCCGCGCAGGCGUCGCGCACUCGCAGCAUCGCCGCCCAGGCUCGCGCAUCGUGCCUGCCAUUCCCUACCGCCUCUCCAAGGCCCAGCCAUCAGCACGACCCAUCACGCCUGAAGAGUCGACCAAGGGCACCGCCGUUCCGCCCACCGAGCUGCCCCCGGACCAGCAGCACCACCAGCAGGAGGGACAGUCGCCGCAGCAGGAACAGCAUGACCAGCAAGAUGAUGAGCUCUCGCAAAAACACCAGCAGGCAGCCAUGGCCGAUGUCCCUCUGACCCCCGAAUCCCGAGCCUCGGCCGACGACGAAACCAAGAACGACGCACAUGCACCGGCGUCGACUAGCUUCACUGCAAAACUGCCAGACCAGCAGAGGCCACCUGCACGCGCUUCCGGUGGGUAUCCAACACGGAAUGCUGCUUCUAACCACGUCAAUGGCCACGCCGCCGCCAAAGCUCGCACGCCCACCAAUGCCCGCGACGAGGCCAAGCCAGCCGCCAAUGGCGCCCAUCGCAAGCUGACGAUACCAACAUACCUGCCCCCGCCCUUUGUGCCCUCGAGCAAGGCAGGCACCCCAACGCCGCCCGUCGAUGGACGAGACGCCCCUCAUGCCGCUCUGCCUCGCCCGCCGCCGGGCUUCGCGCCCCAGCAGUUUGCGCCCUUCUUCCCCGGCCCUGCCCAGUAUCCCCCAGAGGCAGGAGCGCCCUGGCAUCUUCCGCCCCACACGCCUGCACCGCCCGAAGCCGCUUUUCAGAAGAGCGCCGACUACCGCCCCUCGCCUUUUCCCAACGGGCCCGCUCCCUACGCUGCCCCCUACAAUGGCCAUUUCUCGCCGCGAGAAGCCUCCUUGGCUGCAAACGGGACCCCCACAUCGCUCUCGCAGUCGCCAACCAAGGCACAGUUUGAGUCGAUGCCCGUCAAUGAGCAUCCCGAAGACCAGUCCGCGGCCCCUGUGCAUCAGGAUGGUGCUGCGCCGCCCGAGGAGCGUGUCGAGUCGUCGUUCGAGCUGGCAGGGUAUUUGUCUUCGCAGUUUGGCAAUCCCGAGCUCGCCGACUUUGUCCUUCAAAUCAGGUCUCCCGACUCGAUGCUCUUGUCCCUACCCAUCCACGGAAUCGUCGUCAUGCGCAGUCCUGUGAUUGCAGAAGCCAUUCAUUGCAGUCCCGCGCCUACUCAUCGCAGCCGGGAUACGCGCCCCGUGAUCCAUGUCCUGGCCCUGGACCCUUUGGCAACCCGCGACUCACUCGAGGAAGCCAUCAGGGUUUUGUAUGGUGCCCCACUCAUUCGCGCCCAAGGAUUCUUAUACGGACUCCCAUCAUCCAUGUACGACAACCAACAGACGUCUCCUUCGCCUGAGGCCCGCCGCCGCAUGCAGCAGGUUUUGGGCUACAUUGCUGCAGCAAGGACUUUGCAGAUACCCAGCAUGCAGGCCCGUGGCGUCGACACAGCCAGGCUGCUUCUGCGAUGGGAUACGGUGGAGCUUGUCUUGCAAUAUGCACUGCAAGCCAGCUCUAGAUUCCGUCCUAGACGCGAAGUCGCGGAUGUCGACGACCCAUUUAUCACAGCGCUCAUCAGCUGCGCCCUCGACUUCGUUGCAUUCGCAUUCCCGUUCAACUUCAAGCUGCAUGCAAUUGCGCCGGAGCUCAAGGAUGCGCCACGCCUACCGACGUUGUUGGAGUCUCGCCAGCCCGCGCACAAUCCUCGACUCAGCAAGAUUCGCUUCGGUGACGCGCCGCCCGAGGAUGAACUUCAGCCCAGCUAUCCAACUCUUGUUCUCUCAACCAUUCUCCUGUCACUCCCGCCUCCCCUGAUCGAGCGGUUAUUCAACCAAUUGGCUACGACGAACCGCAUUGGUUGGAAGGAGGUGGCAAAGCACCUUCGGGACGUUGUUGGUGAGCGCGAGAACCGACGGCAGAAGGCACUCCAAGGCCAUUUCAACCAGAUUGUCGACGGGUCUACACCUGCGGCGCUCUUCAACAAUGUCUAUGUCGAGGAGGGGUUGGAGCAGGUUGAGCCAUCACCGCUGCACCCAUCGGGAUACCGUCUGACGACGAAACGGGUUGGUAGUGAAGCUUGA